CUCAUCUCGCCUCUACCCAUCUCUUCAUCAGUCCAUCAUGUCCCAGCCCAACCCCGCAUCUACCGUACCAAGCAGCCUGCCGUCCGGGGCCGACGUCGCGCCUCCCGCGAGCACGGCGCCCGCGAGCGGCACGGCGAGCACUACCACGCCGCCGCCCGCCAAGGGCCCCACCUUCGACACCCCGCCCGCUGCUUCCUCUUCCGCCCCUGCCGGCGCCGGCGUCCCUCCCGCGAGCCAUGCCGCAGGCGAGGCGGGCGAGGCGGGCGCGCACGGCGGCAUCUUGCAGCAGGCGAGGGAUAUGGCCAAGCCUUACCUCGAGCAGGUCGACAAGACCGCCCGGCCGUACCUCGAGAAGGCGCAGGCGAGCGCUAAGCCAUACACUGACGCGGCGAUGGCGAAGGGCCAGGAGAUCAAGGAAUACCUCGAGGGCAAGAACCACCCCGACCACCAUAAGACGCAGACGGAGGGCGACAUCGCCGGUAUUGGCGGCACGGGCAUCGCCGACACGCGUGCCGCAGCCGGUAGCCCGCCGGCUGAGCCUGGGACCUACCCCGCCGCUCCGCCGCAGAGCCUCGGACACAAGGCUCUGGGCAUGUUUGACUACGGACUAGUGUCGGUGAAGUCCGCCCUUAACACUCUUGGCAACACGAUCGACAACAAGACGGCGACGCCAGAGAAGCCUGGUCUUUACACGCAGGCGUCCACCGUCGCGUCCAAGGGCCUUGCGUCGAUCCAGAAGGCCGUCGGCGAGCCGUCUGCGGGCGCUGGUGCUGGGUCUGCAGUAGGUGCGGGCGCUGGUGUCGGUGCUGCUGCAGGUGCUAGCACUGGAGCUACUACCGGUGCGACUGUGACGGCUGCGACGGGAUCUGGCGCUGCAGUACCUCCGACGACUGCAACAGGGGCGUCUGCGGCCAACCCGCACCCGGUGAUGACGACGACGAACACGAUCGCACACAACAGCAAGGACGGGGACCCGGUUGUCUAG